GCCGCUGAUCGGCGGUGUCGACCGCAUUUGGCGAUUUGAAGCAUGGGCCUCCGACCGCUGCUUCUGCUGCUGCUGGCGCUCGCCGCCCACGCCGUCCACGUCACGGUGUACCGCAAUGGCGAGUCAGUAGACGGCGUCGCUGUCGACGUCACGCCCGCCAUGGCGACCUCCGGGCUCGACCUCGCGACGCAUCUCUCGACAUUCCUGCCCGUCGAUGGCAUGCUCGACGACGCGUCGGUGAAAACGACGGUCGCCGAUCGCGUGUACAAUGGCCGCGGUCAGCUCGUCGAGUCCAUCGACCACAUCGAAGAGAACGAGCGUCUGUACCUCGUGGCGCCGGGCCUGCUCUUUGUCUGGCCGUUUGUCGAGCUGGGCCACACGGUCUCGGUCGAGUCGACGCAGAGCCCGACGCAAAAGCCGAUCGUGCUCGAGUCCUUUAACGAGUCGCCGCGCGUGUUUCUCAUUCACGACUUCUUCACCAACGACGAAGCGGACGGCCUCGUGAAGCGUAUUCUAGAGAUUGACAAUGAGCAUUCCAAGCUCCAGCGGUCGUUUGUCGGCCACCAGAGCGGCGCCAAAUUGACAUCGACGGUGCGCACGAGCGAGAACGCGUUCGACUCCGAGUCGGAGAUUGCCGUGAGCCUCAACAAGCGUGCGUUUGAUUUGCUCGGCAUUGGUGACUACCAAGACGAUAUGGCCGACGGUCUCCAGCUGCUGCGGUACCAGCAAAAGCAAGCGUACAUUCCCCACACCGACUACUUUGGCGUCGACACGAGCCCCGACUGGAACUGGAACCCGAAAACCGGCGGCUCCAACCGCUUUGCUACCGUGUUUUUGUACCUAAGCAACGUCACCCGCGGCGGCCAAACAGUGUUCCCGCUGACCAACAUGCCGGAGGGCAUUGCCCACGCCCAAGUGCCGACCGACGACGAGCUCGGCAUCUUUGAGAAGGGCAGCUGGGAAGCCAAGAUGGCCAUGCAGUGCCACACCAAGCUGGCGUCGUACCCGCGCAAGACGCACGCCGUCUUGUUUUACAGCCAAAAAGGCAAUGGCGAACUCGACCCGAUGUCGGAACACGGCGGGUGCCCGGUCCUCGACGGCACCAAAUGGGCGGCGAACCUCUGGGUGUGGAACCGGCGCCGGUACGGUCUUGAUGGCACCAAGAUUGACGUGACGUUUCACAAUAACCUCGAUGUGCCCGUCGAACUGUACUGGUCGACGACGCGCAUGCAGGAGAUUGCGGCCCACAGCCAAGCGUUCUUCAAGUCGUACGACGGCCACGAGUGGACGCUCAAGGACUUGGACGGCAACGAUCUCCGCACGCACCGCCUCGCGCAGGCUGACGGCCUCACUCAGUCGAUUAGCGUGCCGGUCGAUACGCCGACCAAGGACGAGUUGUAAGCUUGAAGAAGCAUCUCUAUGUGUGCUGUA